AUGUCGGAGCCGAUCCUGGAUGUGGUCCGCGGCCUGAGCACGGUGGCAUCCUUUGCCAUCGUGAUCAACCAGUUGAAGGAGACAUACUCCACCUUCUUCGUCAGCACGUGCGAGCACUGCCGCGGCACGGGCCUGCUCACCUGCCCCCACUGCCACGGCACAGCCACACUGCUGCGCCGCCCCGGCAUGCUGCUGGUGCGCACGCUGGCGGUGGCCAACAGCAGCGACGCGCUGUACGGCUGCGUUUUCUGCGGCGGCUACGCGCUGCCGGAGCUGUCCAUGGGUGGCGGCGGUAAUGACGAGAGCACUGCGGUGAAGGUGUAUGAGAACCUGCGCCAGGCGUUGGUCAACCGGUACCCCCUGCCCCACCGCAUGCCGGUGCUGGCCGGGACGGUGCCCUGCAAGACGUGCCAUGGAUCAGGCAAGGUGGCGCGCCUGACGCCCGUGACCGGGCGUGCGCUGGGGCUGGAGCGGGCGUGGAGCCGGGGGAUCACCUCGCGCCUGGGGCGGCGCUACCUCUUCAAGGAGAACCGGCCGGCGGACCGGCAGAGGCUGUUCAUGGAGUACCCGGGGGAGCCCCAGCCUGACGCGCACAGCAUGCCGGAUGUAGUGGAGAAGCCGCCCAUCGUGUACCCGCCAGGGCCCUUCCGAUCUGGGAGGGAGCCAUCCAUGCCGUUGCAAUUAGGGCCGUUCGAGAUCGUGCUGACCAACCGCGGGAACAUGGAGAACUUCAUCAUGCCGUUUAUAGAUUACGAUUCGGACGAGAACGAAGACAAUGUGGAAGAGGACGCUCGGCCCGAUGACAGUGGGGGAUGGUGA